AUGGGCGCAGGCAACAACGAGCGUACCCCCCUCCUCAAGUCGUCGGGCGGAUGCUGUGGUGGCAACAAGAACGGACAGUGCUGUGGUGGCUCUGGAAGCCGCGCAACCUCGUCCCUCUCCCCUCCCACGGACGCCGUCCCCCUCAACCGCAACGUCGACAAGAAGACCACCGGCGAGCCCGUCUGGCCCAUCGAGCGUACUUCCUCCCGUUCGUCCCUCCGCUCCCAGCGCUCGGCGUCCCGUCGCCUGCGCGUCGAGGACCUCGUCGCCCACGAGGAGCCUCUGGUCAGCAAGUGUGGUGCCACCGGUGGCCAGUGCUGCAAGGACCUCAAGGGCGAGGACGAGCGUCACCUUUUGUCUCCCGAAGUCGUUCGCGACAUUAUCGUCGGCCUGUCUGACGGCCUCACCGUCCCCUUUGCCCUGACGGCCGGUCUGUCGUCGAUGGGCAACUCGUCCCUCGUCGUCACGGGUGGUCUUGCCGAGCUCUGCGCCGGUGCCAUCUCGAUGGGUCUCGGCGGCUUCCUCGCGUCGCAGGCCGAGCUCGACCACUUCCACUACCUCCGCAAGCAGACCCACGCCCGCGUCCUUCGCUCGUGCGACGGCGAGAUGGAGCGCGAGGUCCACGCCAUCCUCGGCCCCCUCGGUGUCAAGGAGGCCCUCUCGCGCCUGGUGGCCGAGGACCUCCUCGAGGUCGAGGACGACGCCUGUGGAGCCCUCGAGGGCAUUGACCGCCCCGCCGACGUCGAGGCCGGCGAGUCGGAGAAGAACGACCCCAACGUCGGCCUCACCGCCUUCCUCCUCAAGUUUGGCGAGGGCAUGGAGGAGGUCCCCCGCUCCCGUCUCUGGAUCUCGGCCCUCACCAUCGGCCUGUCCUACUUCUUUGGCGGCCUCGUCCCCCUCAUUCCUUACAUGUGCACCGACGACGCCAACGUCGGCCUCAUCUGGUCGGCCAUUGUCACUGGUAUCGUCCUCUUCAUCUUCGGCGGCGUCAAGACCUACUUCACCGGCGCCACCGGCGGCUACGGCGGCUACAUGUACGGUGCUACCAGCAUGAUGGUCGUCGGCGGUAUCGCUGCCGGUGCCGCCUUUGCCCUCGUCAAGAUCAUGGACGUCCAGGCAUAA